UCCCGCGCCCAGGUGGCCACCGCGGACAGCAGCAGCAGCGGCGGCGGCGGCGGCGGCUGGGGCUUCCCCGCCGCGCUCCCGCAGCACCGGCAGCCCAGAAAAAACUGCUUAGACAAUCUAAUGGAUGAAGAUGAGAAAGACAGGGCAAAGAGGGCUUCGCGUAACAAGUCUGAGAAGAAGAGACGCGAUCAGUUUAAUGUUCUCAUUAAAGAGCUCAGCUCCAUGCUUCCAGGCAACACCCGCAAAAUGGACAAAACUACAGUGCUGGAAAAAGUCAUUGGCUUCCUGCAGAAACACAAUGAAGUCUCGGCACAGACAGAGAUUUCUGAAAUUCAGCAGGAUUGGAAGCCUUCAUUCCUCAGCAAUGAAGAAUUCACCCAGCUGAUGUUGGAGGCACUAGAUGGCUUCAUUAUAGCAGUAACCACAGGCGGAAGCAUCAUCUACGUGUCUGACAGCAUUACGCCUCUUCUAGGGCAUUUACCGUGCGAUGUCUUGGAUCAGAACUUGUUAAAUUUCCUCCCGGAACAAGAACAUUCAGAGAUUUAUAAGAUGUUGUCUUCUUGUGUGCUUAUGACAGAUCCUGCCUCAUCGGAUUACCUAAAAACUGACAAUGAACUAGAGUUUUAUUGUCAUCUUCUGAGAGGAAGUUUGAACCCAAAGGAAUUUCCAACAUAUGAAUACAUAAAAUUUGUAGGAAAUUUUCGGUCUUACAGCAAUGUGCCUAACUCCACUUGCAAUGGCUUUGAUGAUGCUGUUCCAAGGGCUUACAGGACAUCACCAGGAAAGCAGAUCUGCUUUGUUGCUACUGUUCGUUUGGCAACGCCUCAGUUUUUAAAGGAGAUGUGCAUAGUUGAAGAACCUUUAGAGGAAUUCACUUCAAGGCACAGUCUGGAAUGGAAAUUUUUAUUCCUGGAUCACAGAGCACCGCCGAUUAUAGGAUACUUGCCUUUCGAAGUGCUGGGUACUUCUGGCUAUGACUAUUAUCAUAUAGACGACCUAGAGCUGCUAGCAAGGUGCCACGAACACCUGAUGCAGUUUGGCAAGGGCAAGUCUUGUUGCUAUCGGUUUUUGACCAAAGGACAACAGUGGAUCUGGCUGCAGACCCAUUACUACAUCACGUACCACCAGUGGAACUCCAAGCCGGAGUUCAUUGUGUGCACACACAUGGUAGUAAGUUAUGCAGAUGUUCGGGUGGAGAGGAGACAAGAGAUGGGCUUGGAAGAAGUGUCCUCAGAGGUGGUGUCCUCAGCACUGAAGGACAGUGGCUCCAGUUUGGAUCCUGAACAGCACUUUAAUGCACUUGAUAUUAGUGCCUCAAUCCUCAGUGCUAGUCGAACACCCUCGGUAUCAUCCAGGAGCUCACCAAAAUCCUCCCACACACCGAAGUCAGACCCUGCAUCUACACCGACAAAGCUGAUUGCAGAGCCCAACACUCCCUUGCAAAGAACUCCUAGCACGCAACAGGAUUUGUCUGUGCAUAGACUCAGUCAACCUACUGCUCUUCAGGCUUCUUUGCCUUCUCAGCCUUCAUGUGAGCUUCUCCCACAGCAGUUGCUACCCCAAGCAACUUUGCCAAAUCAGCCUGCACCUCUGGCACAGUUCUCAGCACAGUUUAGCAUGUUCCAGACCAUCAAGGACCAGCUCGAACAAAGAACACGGAUCCUGCAGGCCAACAUUCGGUGGCAGCAGGAGGAACUUCAGAAAAUACAGGAGCAGCUCUGCUUGGUCCAGGACUCCAGUGUACAGAUGUUUUUACAACAGCCAACAGUGUCCCUGAGCUUUAGCAAUAUUCAACAGCCAGAGCCACAACAGCUACAGCAGAGGCCAGAGGUCAUUUCUCAGCAGCAGCUUGUUCCUAGUUCUCAACUUCAAGGGCAAAUUGCAUCUUCACAAACGGUGAACCAGCAAGUACUGAGAGAAACCAGUGUGAUAUCAAACCAGGGCCCCAAGGCGGCGAGGAGCGCGGAGCCGGCGCCGGGCGCCGGGCGCCCCCCGCGCAGCGCGCCGCCGUUCGCCACCGCGGCGCCCCCUGGCGCCCUGCCGCGGGGCAGCGCCGCCGCCGCCUGCGGCCACGACCAGCAGCUCAGACUGCUGCUCAGCCAGCCCAUUCAGCCAAUGAUGCCUGGCUCCUGCAAUGCAAGACACCCCUCAGACCUCAGCAUGGCUGGAUCCCAGGCUAAAUAUUCUCAAAACCAACAAAUGUUUCAAAGUCUGGAAGUGCAGACUUCCAGCAGCAGCUCUUCAAUCGUUCUGAUGGGACAAACAGUGUUAAACCAAGGAUUCUCCAGUACCCCUCCUUCCCAGCCAUCCUCUCUGCCACCUAUGCAACUCCAGCACCAACAGCAUCAGCAACAACACUACCUGCAGGUGCAAACAGCAAGUUCUUUGCACAGUGAGCAACCCGAUUCUUUGCUCCUGCCACCCUACUCGCCACAGCAAGGAAAUAUGGGGGGGUAUCACCAGACACAGCAGCAGCAGCAGCAGCAGCAACUAACAUCAAGAAGAAGCAAUAGCUUAUCAGAAUCAUCAAAUUUACCACAGCCACUGCGAUAAGAGUCCCACCAGCACAUUCAAUGCACGAUUAGCUUUAACCAACGGGCACACGGGGCAGAAGAGAAUGACUCUGUACUUACUGUUCUGGCUUUUGCACAAGCAUUUGUUUCAAAGCUCCAUGACAGAAGUAGGGCACAGAGUGCAGACUGCCACAGACAGCACUCAUUCAAGGCACGCUGCAUUCAGUUUGCACUGUCUCGUGAGUACGGUAUAUACUGUCAGAGCAGAACAAAAAGGAACACUAUCCUGUGCAAACUCCGUCAUCGAGGGGUGCACAGGAGAAGGAGAUCAAUCUUCGCAUGUCACUCUAAAAGUGACCUGGCAUUUCCAAAAGACUGUGCAUAGACACAUGAGGUACUUGGCCUUCACUGUUUCAGUUCUUCAUUUGUGUAUUAAAAGCACUGCAUCAAAGGUCUAUUGAGGAGAGAACAAAAGAUUAUUUUUAUUAUGAUUAUUGUUAUUAUUUUGCACAACUGCACAGAGGACAAAACCUAGGCACUUUCUGUAAAGAGAAGUUUCCUUAUUCUUGUGGCCAAAUUAGCACAUCCAGUGGAGAGUAAAUCCCCGUCACUGGUGAAGAUACUCUACAGUUUAUAACCCUUGAUUUAGAAACUGAACAGUAUUAUGCAGCUUACCCUACAUGUUCAUCAUGACUAAAAACAAACAAAAAAACCACUGAACUGUUUUCUAUGUGAAUUGCAAUGGCAAAGGAGAACUCAAAUUAUAAGCACAAUCACGCAAAUCUCCAAUAAUACGACAUGGAUCCUUCUUCAAACUGAGUGAGUCACCCACACAGCAAGUCUCUGAGGAAUAUGCACUGUGUUUUGGCCCAUUGACUCGGGAUGCUGCAGACUAUUACAUAUCUCUUUCAUUAUAACAUUUAGGAUUGAAUUUUCCUUUGGGGGGAAAAAAAGAAAUGCACUUUUCGCUUUUUUUGUAUGUUUUCUGUUGAUAUGUUUCUAAGAAAGAUUUUAUGUAAUUAUUAAAUAAAAAGUAGUGUAUUGUACAGCUGUUGUAAUAAUGACCUAUUUCUAUAUAAAAUAAAAUUAUAUGGAAUUAUGUGGAAAUUAUUUUGUAUAUGAAAUAUCAACUCAUUUCACAAGUAUAAAGAUGGUGCUUGUGCUUUUUUGUGAGUGGAUAUUUUGUAAUAAACUAAUGAACUAGAAAUGUUUUUGUGGAGGGAACUACUGUUUCAUGCUAUAUACA